AUGGCUAAUAGUGAGGAAUCCCACAAAGUGCAAAAUUACAUCCUAGAUCGGACUCUAGGAAGAGGAACAUUUGGUAAAGUGAAAUUAGGUUAUCAUACAAUUUGCAAAGAACAUGUUGCUGUCAAGAUACUGUAGAAAAACAAGAUAGAAAAAAAUGAAGAUGCCAUUCGAGUUUAGAGGGAAAUUUCAAUAUUGAAGAAGGUGAAUCAUGAAAAUAUAAUUAAAUUGUAUGAGAUUUUAGAAUCAGAUGAGAACCUCUAUUUGGUCAUGGAAUAUGCGAAGGGAGGAGAACUCUUUGAUUACAUAGUCAAAAAGCAUCAAUUAUCAGAACCAACAGCAGCACAUCUCUUUAUUCAAUUGAUAAAUGCCGUAGAGUAUUUGCAUUAACAAAAAAUUGCUCAUCGAGACCUAAAACCAGAGAAUCUUUUACUUGAUGAAUCAAGAAACAUUAAAGUUGCCGAUUUCGGACUUAGUAACUUAUACAAAAACAAUGAAUGUCUCAAAACUGCUUGUGGGUCUCCUUGUUAUGCCCCACCUGAAAUGCUACAUGGAAAUCCUUACUUAGGUGAAAAGAGUGAUAUUUGGAGUUGUGGUAUCAUCCUCUAUGUUAUGUUGUGUGGCUUUUUACCUUUUGAAAAUGAUAAUACCAAGAAACUAUAUGAGAUGAUUAAGUAUGAAGAGUACGACUAACCCAAAAAUGUUUCAUUCUUUGCCUAAGAUCUCUUAAAGAAACUCUUGGUUAAAGAUCCAUAUAAUAGGAUUGGAUUCGAUGGAAUCAAACAGCAUUAGUUCUAUAAAUCAGUUGUUGUCCAAAUAAAUCAAGUAAUUACCAAUUAUGACACAUUAACCUUAAAAAUGUUAUUAGAAUUAGGAUAUGAUGUCAAUAGCAUUUAUGAUCAAGUCAAAGAACAAAAGCAUAAUUCUCAAACAACCCUGUUUUGGCUACUCAAAAUAAAAGCAUCUCAUCAAUACUCCAAUUAUCUCUGUCAAAGAAGGCAAAUUUUAUAAUAUAAUAGACAAAACAAACAAAGUUAUAAAAAUAAAUUGCAAUAGACAGUCUAAAAUAAGUCAAUAAUUCAAAUAUAGAAUUAAACAGCUCGAUCUAAUAGCAAGAAUAAACUCAGUUUAUCGGUCUAAUAAAGAUAUCCAAUCUCAAAUAAUAAAUUACACUUAAAAGAAUUAGAAAAAUUUACUAAUGCUCUUACAGGAAUUCAUGUAAAUUUGAAUAAAAUCAAGAAUUGCUCCAAAAGAAUUCCUGAUUCUCUAAUAGAUUAAGUCAGAUAAAAGACAUAUUCUGUUUAAGAUAGAAAAUAUCAUAAUAAAACUCCAGAUCUAAGUGAUUUUGUUAUUAAAAAAUCCUAAGUUAAGAACAACCUUUUCAACCUCAGAAAAAAGAGCACCACUUAAUAAAUAGAAAAAUUGAACUUUUUUAAUGAUAAAUUAAAUCCUCAAAUUAAACGUGGUAGAAAUAGGACUGUUAAUGAAAAAAAAAAGCAUAUCCUAAUGGAAAAAUACUCGAACAACUACACACCUAUGCUAAGUCGACAAAGCAGUCCAUUGACUAAGUUAUUAGCCCUAACAAGAAAUUAACUUUAAGGAAUAAGAAAUUAAAAUCACUUGGAUAAAUAUAAUAUGAUGCUAUCAGACUUGUGA